AUGAGGCAGUGUCUGGAGGUUUUACAUAGUUACUCCAGAAAGCAAAGGAUCCGUGAGGCAACGUGCAUUACGGAGCUGUCGGUAAUGAUGGCGUGCUGGAAACAGAAUGACUUCAACGAUACCGCUUGUGCCGAGGAGAUCCGGAUGUUCUACGACUGUGUGGCAAAGGCUGAAAAGGAGCGCAAAGCUCAGAAUGAGGACGCCCUGUCACCCAGAGGAAACCUAACUUCAAGCCAAGUGAACAAGCUCCUGAGGAGGUUUCCUCAGAUCACACGUUACGUGUAG